AUGAACAGUGUGAGGGGACUCUUGGCUGCCUCCGUAAUUGCCAUCCAGAACUCCUGCUUCAUCUAUCCCGCCUGUCAAAAGUGCUUUUCUAGGCUGCUCCUGGACUCUAGGAGGUUUAACUGCCCAAAAUGUGGCUGCGCAGGUGAAGCUGAAGAUGCAAGCUACAGAUAUAGAUUGUCCCUAAAAAUUGCUGACACUAAUGAUUUGUUUGACAUUACCGUGUUUGGAAGCUGCUUAGAUCCAUUCUUUGGGGUCACCGCAGAAAAUCUGCAGAGGUGUAUUCAAGACUUCAAUCAGCAGUCAGGAGAAACAAACACAGAUGCAUCUCCAGGAGUGUUAGUUCAAGCAGUGGAAACCUGUUUCCUUGGAAAAAGAUUUGUAUUUGGAGUGAAGGGAUGUGCAAGGGAAGAUGGAGGGCUUUCUGCUGCCAGCAGCAUCUUGCAAAACUGUUCCCGAAUUAAUAGAAGUACAAAAAACCUUACAGCUUGCCAGAUCUUCCUGCCAAACGCUGCUGUUACUGGCUUCACUGUUAUCAGCUACUUCCAUUGGCUCCUGCAGUCGGCAAAAUUUGGGAGCUGUAAUAACAGCUCGUACUCACCUGAUGCAUCUUCAGCUCUCAUAGAUGAACCUGUCAGUGAGCUCAGCAGCUGGUCCAGCUCGAGCAGAAACUCCUGUUUUGUUCAGUCUAGUGGCAGAGAAAGUUUUUUAGGCUCCUGGCAGCAGUCCUUCAGCCUGAAUUCAUCUGUUGCUUGGGUAACAACGGAAGACUUUCCCAGUCUGGAAGUGGGAAAGCUGGUGAGUGAACAGCAUGAAGAGGGGAUGCCUGUCUCUGCAGAAUUGUGCAGUGUAAGCCUCAACAAUCAAACUCUUCAGGAUUCACAGUUCUGCAGCCCUUCUGUGAAGGAAGGGGAUAAAGAGGAGUGUGAUGAAUUGAGUUCUCAGCCUCGUCAGACUGACAGUGUCUCUGUGAGUGAUAAAUUACAGAGAGUAUCCUCUUCAAAGAGCAAAUGUUCACAUGGAAACAGUUCCAGGCUGUUACAAGGUCCCUUGGAAUUUGAGGGAAAAAGCAUUUACCCAAAGACUAAUAGUAGAAAUUAUUCUUACUUGGAAAAAUCCCACAACUCCCUUUGUUACCAGAGAGAUGCCUCAGCUUCUCAUCACGUAGGCAGAGUGUCUCAGAUGGACUCUGUGCUUUGGGAUGAGCUCCCAUUCUCAGAAAGCCUAAAUGAAUUUUUAGCCAGAAUAGAAGAUGGCGAGAGUGUUGAAACACCACCCAGCCUCGGUGCAGGCAAACACGCCCUUCUUGAAAGCAGCAAGUUGGGUGUAAAGCUUAACAAAUCAUAUCCUAAGCAAACCCUAGCAGCUGGUAAUUUGCCUGAAGCAAGCAUUUCAGGAAGGUUCUUGCCACCAGCAGAGAGUGAGAGCUGGGAGAACAUUUCAUUUGCUUGGUUUUGGUCAAAUGCAAAUCCGCUGAGUAAUGAGGCGUCACAACGCGAGUCUUCCUCUGGUGUUUUAUCUUCAACAGGCAAGGAAUGUGGAGCGUCUUGCUUUAUGCCUAACCCUCAUCUACCUAUUCUGUCACAGUUACCAGUUACAUCAGAGCCUUCUGUUUCCGAGACCAGAUAUGUGCAGUCCAAAGAAGCAAAUAUUGACAUUUCAAAGCCAGCUUGGUCUUUUGUGAGUCUGCAGGGUAGUGCUGAACAUGGCAAAACCUCCUGUUUAAAAAGGAGCAAGGCAGCUACCUGUGUGCAUUCUGCACGUGGCAGCUGUUUAGCUGCUUGUGAAAAUAAAGAAAACGCUGCUUUUACACCACGUCAAAGAACAGAUCUUACAUUCACAGGGGUGUGGGACUCUGAUCUAGCAACUCCCAACACUACAAGGAGGAUAUAUAAAAGAGAAUUAAAGCCAUUGACAGAACUGUCAGAAAAUUCCUUCAAAAGUGUUAAUAGGAGAGAGAUGCACUGGAACAACAGCUUCCCUGAAAGCAGCUACAAUGCUUCUGCUGAUCUCUUUGAUGCAAGUGCAAGAGAGGUAGCAAAACCUGUAGAAUUCUUAAAUAAAUGGUGUAGUUCUUUAAUGCAGGAAGAUACUUUGACAGAAAAGGUCACAGCUCUUGAAUUGGUGCAUUAUCCUGGAGGUGUUCCCUGUAACAGUUCAAAACGGAGCUCAUCCCUACGUCGAUCCCCUCCCUCCUUUAGUAAGCACAGUACACCAGUAGUUUACUCCCCCUGUGAUUCAGAAUGCAAUUCAGUGAGCGCUCAAGACUUUAUUCCUUAUUCACAGUCAACUCCUAUGACAAAACCUCUCCAGAAGCUGUGGCCUGUUGGGGAAAGAAGCUCUUUUGUCACUAUCUUCACCCCGAAAAAUCCCACAAAAUCCUAUUCCAAAUGCAAGCGAUCCAGGUCUCCCUUCCAAAACACGCUGCUGCAGCAUCUUACCGGCAGGUUGGUGAAACGUAAAUGGCCGAGUGAUGGGGAAGACCAAGAAAGUCAUAGCUCUGCUUCACAGCAAUUCCUUAACAACCAACUGCCUGCCAGCCCGGAGGAUUGGAUCCCUCCAUCUGCAAACAAAAGGUUGAAACCCACUCUGAACUUAAAACCAGUUGCCUGGGGCACUGACUCACAAUCACCCUGUGGGCAUGUUGGCGGGAACCCUAUUUCUAAAAGCAGAGAAAGUAGUGAAAAUGAUGGAUGCUUCCAAAAUGAGAGAUUAAACCCUGGGGACGCAGCCAGCAUUCUGACAACUCCUGUAUUUGCAGGUGUCACCAAGGCCUUGUUUUUAAAUGAUGCAGUCUUGGAAGUUUGUUCCCCUUCAGAAGGCAAAAAUCUCCUCUCAAGUGCAAAUUGUUCAGGCAGUAUACGGGAAGGGGCAACUGGGUGGUCUCCUGAGUUGUUCUUCCAAGCACGAACCCCUUUGUCUGAUAAGCCGAAAUACUAA